ACAUUAUUCAUCUGUCAAUUUCACCAAAUAAACCACGACCACGACGCAUUUCGCAUUCGCCAAAUUUCGAGAUUCGCACGCGUCUAACCAAAAUAAUUGAACAGAUUUAUCAAUAAAAAUGAAAGUCACCGAUAAAACUAACGAGAAAAAGCGGAAAAUCAAGAAAAAACCUAUAGACAAAACCAAAAAACAGCAAGUGUUGGUGGUCGCGCAAGAAAUCAAAUUUGCUAGAUUACUUUCUGGAAACGAGAAGAAAACGCGUGAUCGUGUGCUUAGAGCGUUGAAAAAAUGGCUUGUUAAUUGUUUUGAGAAGAAUUACGAAUUUAAAGAAGAUGACUUCACGAGAGUGUGGAAAGGUCUAUUCUAUGCUGUUUGGAUGUCAGAUAAACCUCUGGUUCAGGAGGACCUCUGCGAAAGCAUCGCCGGAAUCCUGGAUCUGUUCCCGACGGAGCAGCUCUCAAAUGCCAUGCUGCUUGCCAAGGCAGGCUUCAAGAUGCUGGCUACUGAGUGGUUCGGGAUAGAUCAGCACAGGAUUGAUAAGUUUCUUAUGCUGGUGCGCCGCUACCUGCGCGGCGCCCUGCGCUGCGUGCACCGCAGCGGCUGGAGCGAGGACGCCUGCAACCAAUUUGCCGACAUGCUAGCUGGCAAGGAUGGUUUGCUGGCGUUGAAAACGCCCCUGUACGCGCGCAACGCCAAUUCGCUGGUCAUACACAUCGCCGACUGUUAUCUGGAAGAGAUCUCCAAGGUGUCCUCCGGAGAAAUAUCCCCGGAAUCCCUGGUUAUCCUGCUCCGGCCGUUCAUAGCCUACUUGAGCCAAGGUUCCGCUACAUCAAUAUGCAUCGCUUCGAGGAGGGUACUUACCGAGUUGCUCAAACACGGAGACCCGGAGGACGCAGAAGACGCUGGUGAUGAUAAUGAACAGGAUCCAGAAGAUGCUGUAGAUGAAGAUAGCGGAGAUGAUGAUGAGGAAAUGAUGACCAAUGGCGCGUUGGAUCCGCGCGCAGGCCGAGUGGACGUGGUGCUGCGCGCGCUGCCGGUGCCCGCGCGCGCGCUGGCGGCCGCGCUGCGCCGGCGGCUGGCGCGCGCCCCCGGCGCCGGCCACCGGCGCGCGAGGCGCUGUGUACAACUGCAAGUACCUCACCCUGCCCACACUACUUCUAUAAAGCUAAGGAGUGGAAUUCACUUCCUGCAAAUCUAUUCCCAGUCCACUAUAACUUGGAUCUUUUUAAAUCGAGAGUGAGUAGCCAUCUUUUAGGUAAGCGUGUUCCAUCCUGGACUGCAUCGACACUUACCAGUGAGAUUGUGGUCGAAUGCUCACCUUUUCGUAAUAAAAAAAAAUGUUUUCCGUAGGAAAAUUGACCUAAAUGAAAUUUUCAGGCUGGAGCAGUUCUCGUCGGGCCCGCACCCGUUCGCGCCCCCCGCCCCGACCCGCGAGGCGGGGCCUCGCCUGAAGCCCACCGCGGCGGCCAAGGCUCUGCGGGCCCUGGAGAAAAAACUCGUCGCUAGCGGAGAUGAACUGGCGCUGAGAGGUCUCAGCCGGAAGCACCGGAAACGUCUGCUGGCCAAGUCCCGCGCCGGCCUGUCCAUCGUCGAGGACGUACAGAGUGUACAGACAGACAAACAGAAACAACCUAACACCUCUAACGGCGCCUGGCAAGUUGAAGAAACGGGAGAAGUCGUCAAAAGUAAAACAAAACGGAAGCGGGCCAACAAAGAGAACGAAGCGGAACCUAAAAUCAAAAAACAGAAGCUCAACAAACAUGGAAACACGGAAAGUCAGGAGAGAAAAGUGAAGAACAAUGUUAAGAAACAGAAAAAUAAUAAGGUAAACGAGAAAGUUAUAAAUAAUGUUAAACCAGUGAAUAAUAAUGUUAUGGGUAUUAAAAAUAGUGUUAAGAAAGUUAAAAAUAAUCUUAAAGACGCUAAGAAUAAUGUUAAGGAAGUGAAAACCAGUGUUAAAGUAACGAAUGAUUUAAAAGUCAAAAAUAGUGCUAACUUAGUUAAAGCUAGUGUUAAAAAUGUUAAUGUUAAAGAAAGUGCUGAGAAAAAGGAAACUAAAUUAAGUAAAAAAGAAAAAGUUUACGAAAAACCUAAGAAAGACGCUAAAGAUAGCGAAGCUAAGUUGCUAGUUAAUAACAAAGUUAAGAAAUUUCAAAAGCAAGAUAAAAAUACCAGUUUUAAUUCCCUGUCUACGCCAAAAAAGGUGAAAUUUGUGUUAAAAAACAACUCGAUGCAAGGAACGAUGGACUAUUAUAAGAGUAUAAGGGAAAGCCCCAAUAUUCCCUUCGAUAGUUCCAAAAGACCAACUAAGACGAAUUUAAAAGUUUCUACUCCUUCACCGAUAAAUCCUUUUUUUAAGAAAAGAAUGACCAGAAGAGCUAGUUUUAGCGCCCAAAUUGUAUUUUAAGAUGUAGAUUAAUUUGUAUAAAGAAGUAUUAUUGAUAAUACUUUGUUGAAAAAUAAUUGUUUUUAAUUAAAUACUUGGAGUAAACCUUUUUAAGUUUAACCAGAGUGAAGUUUUAUGAAAUGAAAUGAAUGUAAUAUUUGUAAAUUUCUUGAAGGAUUUUUUUAAUAGUUGAAUUAAUAGCGUAAGUUUUAUUUAAACUUGAGAAAUAAAAUAGGAUGGUAAAAGCAUAAUCAGUUUUGAUGUUUGACUUGUGUGUUCAAUUUUAAGAGUAGUUUCAAUCCAUAUAAACAUAACAGUUAAUUUUAUUGUAAAAUUUUAAAAUGUAUAGAAAGGGUUUUGUUUGUGUCGUGUGUUUUGCUUGAAGGUAAUAAAUAAAUAAAAAAUAAAAUGGGGCUUAAUUGCGUAUCAUGUGAAGUAUAAAAUAUGCUACGGAGACUGCUUACCAUCAGGCAGGCCGUA